AUGGCCAAUCCGCAAGAAAAACUAGCAGCACCCAUUAGCGAAAGUUCACCAUUAGCAGAAACCCAUUUCAGUGAGGAUUAUGAGGCUGUUAUCUCCUCUGGCUGUUGCUGUUUCCACAGAUUUUGCUGGAAAACAAACAACGACGGAUCACAUAGAUAUCUCUUGUCCAAACAAGAGGAGAUAAAUGAUGGUUGGUUUGUUGAAAAAGCAAAGAAACUAAAGGAAAUUUCAGAGAUUUUGGCUGGUCCCAGGUGGAAGAAUUUUAUUCGCAGGUUUACUACAGUGCAUGGAUUCAACAAGAAAAGAAGGAUAAAAUGUCAAUAUGAUCCUCAAAGCUAUGCACUUAAUUUUGAUAAUGGGAUUGAUAAAGAAGUUGAAGAUUCAUGUCCUGAUUUUUCAGCUAGAUUUGCUACUCCAAAAGCUAAUGGAGUUUGA